CUUGUCUCCACGAACGCGCACGUACGGAGCUGUCAGUCGGAAAUGCGGGCGGCUGGCAGAGGAUGUACCCGUGGUGCCUAACUUGGAUGAAUUAAACAAAAGAAGUCGUUUAUUUCGCUUUGUAUGGCUGUGGGAAUAAAAACAACCGAUGAGCACGUUGCUCUUGGGAAAGGGUCGACGAGGUAACGCGGGCUAGCAAGCAAUGCUAACACAGACGGACGGCUGCUGCUGCUGCUGCUAGGAGAAGCUAAUAACUAGCUGCUACGCUAGCUGGCGAACGCAACACCACCCGCUACCACCAUCACCACCACCACCCGCAGCCGCAACCGCCGAGCGUCCUCAUCAUCGCCAUCGCUCCGGCGUGUCGCCUCCCCGCAGUUUUCCUUUCCUCUCCGCCGAGGAGCCUGGCGGAGGAGCCGUCGCUGUGGCGGGCCAACGCGCGCCCAGGAACCCUCUGGACACCCGGGCGUACUCAUCGCAGUGACAACGCCGGGCGUGGGAGAGCCCUCGUCCCAACAUGGCCGAACUUUCCGCCUUAUCGUCGCCGCCGCCCACCUCGGUUGACGGCCACGCUCCUUCUGCCUCGGUGGCAUCCAAAUCUUCUCUCUGCAAUGACGUGAAUUUAAUCCGAAACACUCGCGCUGUGCCGCAGGGUUUGUCAUCUGCCGACACCCCCCAGAAAGAGGAAGUGGCGGGGCCCGAUGCUCCCGUUGAAGCAGAUGUGCCGCAACAGGCAUCCCUUUCCCCUGACCUCACUCCGGGUCCUAACCUUUACCCCAGCGUGCACAUCACCCACAACCCUCCUCCCCCUGCUACGAAGGAUGUCCCUGUGGUGCCCCCAGUCGCGGCUCCCACGGUUGCGGCUCCCCCGAUCGCAGGACCCCUGGUCGCGGCGCCCCCAGUCGUGGCACCCCCAGUCGUGGCACCCCCAGUCGCGGCACCCCCAGUCGCGGCACCCCCAGUUGCGGCACCCCCAGUCGCGGCACCCCCGGUCGCGGCACCCCCGGUCGCGGCACCCCCGGUCGCGGCACCCCCAGUCGCGGCACCCCCAGUCGCGGCCACCGAAGUCGCGGCACCCCCAGUCGCGGCACCCCCAGUCGCUGCCCCCCCAGUCGCUGCACCCCCAGUCGCUGCACCAGUGGCGCAGAAACCACAGCAAGCCCCCAAGAGUCCUCCCCCACCUGUGUACCCAAAGCCUCAAAGUCCCAUCAAAGCACAGCCGCCCUGUAGCCCGCCUCCACGGGCGGGGCACCCCAGUCCCCCGGUACCUCACCCCGGCCCCACAGUGCCGCUCAUUCAAGAACCUGGCCCACCCUGCACCCUGCCACCAAGGGCGGGGCACUCCAGCCCCACAUUGCCGCUCAUCCAAGAGCCCAGCUUUCCCCAGCGGCCGGCCCCCGACACCCUCAGCUACCUGGAGUCCGCUAGCUUGAUGUCAGGGACGCUGGAGUCGCUGUCGGGCAUCGGGGACGACGGCAGUUCGCUGGGCUCCGACUCGGAGAUCAACGGCUUGGCGGUGAGGCGCACCGACAAGUACGGCUUCCUGGGCGGCAACCAGUUCAGCGAGGGGAGCGACAAGGACGUGCGAGUGGAGGUGGCCCGACAGAGGGAGAUGAAAUGGCUGGACAUGUUCAACAACUGGGACAAGUGGGUCAAACAUCGCUUCCAGAAGAUAAAGCUGCGCUGCCGCAAAGGGAUCCCGUCAUCUCUCCGCUCCAAAGCCUGGCAGCUGCUGUCCAACAGCCAGGAGCUGCUGGAUGCCAACCCUGGCAAGUUUGAGGAGCUGGAGCGAGAGCCGGGAGAGGCCAAGUGGUUGGACAUCAUCGAGAAAGAUCUUCACAGGCAGUUUCCCUUCCACGAGAUGUUUGCUGCGCGCGGAGGCCACGGGCAACAAGAUCUCUACCGCAUUUUGAAGGCCUACACCAUCUACCGACCUGACGAGGGCUACUGCCAGGCGCAGGCUCCCGUGGCUGCCGUGCUCCUCAUGCACAUGCCCGCCGAGCAAGCCUUCUGGUGCCUGGUGCAGAUCUGCGAGAAGUUUCUCCCGGGCUACUACAGUGCCGGGCUGGAAGCCAUCCAGCUGGACGGCGAGAUCUUUUUCUCGCUGCUGCGCCGCACGUGUCCCAUGGCUUACAGACACCUGAAGAAGUUCAAGAUCGACCCCAUCCUCUACAUGACCGAGUGGUUCAUGUGCAUCUUCUCGCGCACGCUGCCUUGGGCCUGCGUGCUGCGCGUAUGGGACAUGUUCUUCUGCGAAGGUGUGAAAAUAAUUUUCCGCGUGGGCCUGGUGCUGCUCAAGCAGAUGUUGGGCUCGGUGGACAAACUGCGGGAGGUGCAGGGCAUGUAUGAAACCAUGGAGCGGCUCAGGGGCAUCUCGCCAGACACCAUCGGGGAGGAUAGCCUGGUGCAGGAGGUGAUCCUUCUCCAGGUGACGGAGGCGCUGAUUGAGCGCGAGUGCACCGUUCAGGUGAGGAAAUGGCGCGAGUCCCGAGGGGAGCUGACUCACCAGCCAGGCCGCCGCCUGCACGGCACCCGAGCCAUCUUUGAACACAAGCGUCGCGCCGCCGCCAUCAGCUCAGGGGGCAGCUUUUCCUUUCUGGCCAGCAGCGUCCCGCCGCCGGGCCCCCUGCGGGCCUCGUCCUCCCUGCUCUCGCUCCCGGGCUUCCGCAAGUCCAGAAACCCAUUCCACUCGCCCGGCAAGAAGAGCUCCUUUUCGGGGCCCUCCUUUUCUGACGCCGCACGGCCGCAAUCUCCCCCAGCCGCCGGCAGUCAGAAGCCGCCCAUUCCUCCUGGGGCGGCGCAAAGGGCGCCACAAGUCCAGAGCCCCCUCGUGGGGAGCGGUCCACGAAGCGGUCAAAGCGCACCGACGCCCAACGCUUUAUCUCCCUCCCCGAGGGUGGUCUCGGAGCAGAUUACACCCACCAUCCCCUCACCCACCGCCAACAACACGCCCCUGAUGCCGGGCGCCGACGACGGCAGCAACAAGGGGGCGGCCGAGUCCCCGCUGGCCACGCCCCCCCGAGUGGAGGAGGACGGCCGCAAGAAGAAGAAGAGCAAGGAAGACAAAAAGAAGGAGCGCGACGAUGAGAAGAAGCGGCUGAAGGAAAAGAAGGACAAGGACAAGGCAGAGAAGGAGAGACUCAAGAAGGAGAAGGAGCGGAUGGAGAAAGAGAAGAAAAAGGUGGGAAAAAAGAAGGACAAAGGUGCGGCGGGACCGGGGCCGGACCAUGGCAAAAACAGGGCGGCCGCCGCCGCCGCCGCAGCCAAAGAUUCCACCUCGUCGGAGCAUGAAAAGAAAAAGGAGGCUGAGUAAGCAAUUGGGUUUUCUUUGGAGACGGAUUAAAACUGUUAGCCUCGUAGCACAAUUGUCAAACUCGUUUUUGAAGGAAAGCAGCAAAAAUAACAAUUCAGUCCAUUUGCUUCGAUUCAUCCUUUCACCUGGAUGACUGAGAAAUUUGCAAGCACAUUAACAUUUUUGUUACUAUUGUGACAAUUAUGCUAAGAAGCUAAAAGACUUCCUGGAUGGGGCGGCAUCCAUCCAUCCAUCCAUCCAUCCAUCCAUCUGUCAAACGAGCGAGGAUGCCAUCUCUCGUUCGCUCCACUUUUCUCAUCAUAACGUUAUUCUUUUAACAAUGACAAACCACAGAAGAUGUACAUAGUAAUAAUUAGAAUCAAAGCAGCGCCUCCAAAGACGUUCAGUUGGAUGAUGAUCACAUCCAGUCUCCAGAAAACCAACCACCGAGCUGUUUUAUUGGCUGUUGUAUUGCGAGCGUGCCUUAGUAGCGUUGCGUUACUGCGCUAUGCGGGCCUCCUCCCCCUGCUGCUGGCGAUGGAGAGUAUUGGAACCCUGUAGUGGUGCUUUUUGUGUGUUUUUAACUCAAUCAAACGAGUGGGACUUUUUAAAAAUACAAUCUAAUAGUUUGUAGUUUAGGCCUCAGUGCUUACACCUGAAAGAGGUAUUUCAUUGGUAAAUUCAUUCAACAGCAGUGUUGGACGUGCACCUUGGAGGAUUAGGGACACGUGGCAUAGAAAAAUCAUGUGCCAUGAGAAUAGUCUUUUGUUUUUAAGGUGAGAAGUCAAAAUACUACAAGUGUCAUUCUUUCAGAU